UUGGCGUCAAAGAAGAUCUUGAUCUAGCUUCCAAGCACCUUGCCACAGUCCGGCGGAGUGGACGCAAUUCUCGCCCACACGUGGAUCUCAAGGUAGCCGGGGAGCGGGAUCGAAGGAGAGGUGGUCCUCCACCCCUGGACAGGUGCAGAGAAUGACCCUGAGCAGCAAAGGGACAGAGCUUCAACAGGGUUGAUACAGCUGACUCAGCCUCACCAAAUCACGACACGUACGGAUCGGCAGCUUCCACUUGCGUUGCCCACCACGACGACAAAGAGAGACAAGACGCCAUCGACAAGGCCCCGAAAUGCAGGGUGGCCAAGGGGAUUCUGCGCACCCCUCAUCCCCGCCCCUGUCCUCGCUGCCGCCGCCGCCGUCGUCGUCUUCGUUGUCUUCUUCGCCAACCUGGCCAACGACAAAGGGCGAUGGUGCGCCAGCAAGCUCAUCGAGCAACGGUAGUCGGCCAUCGACCCACGGUCGAGAGCAACCAAGUGUACCACUCGUCAGCGGCAGCGGUGCUCGCGUGCCAACGCAGUUGCUCGAUCAACAUGGUGGCUUCUCCAGGCCGCAUCACCAAGCCUCUAAUGGGCCAUCGCUGGAGUCCGGACCACGAUCCAGCGGUGCGAGUGGCUCGAACGCUGGAGGCGCCUCUGAAGAGUCAAGCGCCAUCGACCUGACCAAUGACGAUCAGGACGAAUUCCAAGUCGUUUCUAGCAAAGGCCCAGAUGUCCAACGCCAGCUCAACCAGUCGGCCUUUGUUGAUGCGCCAGUCUGCAUUGGCAUGAUCAACUCCGUUGUGCUGAGCGUCUUUGGCCUUCCUCAGGCGCUUGUCGCAUACCCAAGCGCAACCAGCGACCCAAAGUGGUCCCCCAGCGAAUGGCCGCCCAAUUGCGAAUACUACAUCGAGGGCGGCUACAGGCCCAUUCACCUUGCAGUCAAGCCCGCCACAGAGCCGCAGGCUAAGCUCGACGUUGACGUCUUUGAAGUAAUCUCGCCCCUCGAGUCGCGGGAGCAUGCAGCAGUCCACGGUCAGCCUCCUCCCAAUGGGCUCAAACUCCGUCCAACCGCGUUCGGGACGCUUGCGGAAAAAUAUUCGCGAGCCCUGGCACCAUUGAUGCUCCAAAGGCUGGUCGGAAUCAAGGCACGCUGCAGGCUUGUGGCUCCCAAUGCCGCUCAGAACUUUCUCCACGCACUCGAGCUCCUCAUCUUCACGACCCGUCGCCACCUCAACGCCGUCUCCAACAUUCUUUAUUCGGAGAAUGUGAUCCUCGAGACUCCUGCGCAGUACGAUGCCUCGCAGCAUGCCGGUGCGCCAGAGUUUUUCAAUCCUCACGGCUCAUUCGGACGCUCCAACCAGGCAGCGUCAGGCGGCCAACAGACGCCUCAGCCGUUCUCCUUUGGCUCACGAGCAACGCUGAUGCAGACCAAAGAGGCAACGGAGCAAGAGCGAAAGAAGCAAGUCGAUACCGUGUAUGCCGCAUUAAGAGGCGGCGAAGACUUGGAGAGCGUUGAAGCGCCCAAGCUCGUCACGACACCGCUCCUCCCUCACCAGAAGCAGGCCCUCGCUUUUCUGCUCGACCGUGAGCGAUUCAGACGGUUUGAGGACGCCAUUGGCAAGGGCAAGGGAAAGCCAGAUGACCCAGUAGACGUGACAAAGGACGACUCGGGCAUUGUGUCGCUUUGGAUGCCAGCUGUCCGCUUCUCAAAGUCAAGUGGAAACAACGUGACCCCGAAGAUCACGUCCUUUGUCAAUGUCGUCACUCGUUCAGAACAGGGAAAGCGGCCGAGGAUUUGUCGGGGCGCCAUCCUGGCCGAUGACAUGGGUCUGGGUAAAACGAUUGUCACAAUCGCCCUCAUUGCUGCCACACUGGAAGAAGCGCGGCGGUUCGGAGCCAGCAAUCCAGGCGAGGAAGAGGAUGAUGGGGACGAAGGUGCAGAAAAAGAGGUCGAGGGUCAGCGGUCAGCUUCUGGACUAGGAGAGGAGAACGGUGAAGUGAUUCACGUCGCCGAUGACAGCGACGAGGAUGUCACUGUAGAAGACUUCAACAUCAACGUCCACGGCGCACCUCCACCGAGAAAGAAGCCAAGGAAAGCGCGGAAGCCAAAAGUGAGCAAAAAAGCAAAGAAGAAGGAAGACGCCGAGUCACUGCGACUGGCUCAAAUUGCAAUAAGGAGUAGGGCAACGCUCCUCGUCCUGCCUCUGACGCUCGUCUCUAAUUGGGAGGGACAGAUCAAGGAGCACUGGGAUGCCUCGAAGCAGCCAAGCAUCUAUCUCUACCACGGUAGCACGCGAAUCACCGAUCCGCACGAGUUGGCUCAAUUCGACAUUGUCAUGACCACCUAUAGCACCUUGGCCACCGAAUUUGCGCAUCAAAGCGUCUGGGCGAAUGGGGAUGAGUCGGAAGAUGAGGAAGUUAGCACGCCUCAAUCCGAGACGGUCGAAGACGACGUGCUGCUGGUGGAUGUCAAUGGAAAACCCUUGGAAGGCAAGACAGCAGCACAGAAAGCGGCGGUUCUGCGAAAGACACAAGAGGGAGGCUCCAAGACAGCAAAUGGAAGCAAGAAGGGAAAGCGAAAGGCAGAUUUGUCAAGGGAGUCGGAGAAUCCCCUGCAGAGGAUCGAAUGGUUCCGCAUCGUCCUAGAUGAAGCCCACACGAUCAAAGAAGCAAAGACGCUCCAGUCUCGUGCCGUAUGCAAUCUCGUUUCGCCGCGACGCAUCGCUCUGACUGGAACGCCGGUACAGAAUCGCAUAGACGACCUCUUUUCACUCAUCAAAUUCUUGCGUCUGGAGCCCUUUGACGACCGCGCCAUUUGGAACCAAUUCUGUGGAGCUCGAGAGAAGCCUAUGGGGUCGCUUCGCGUGCGCAAGUCGGGUGGAGAAGUCAAGAAUGCCGAUCCGCUCGACGCCAUGGCUCUGGCCCGCGUGCAGACCAUCAUGAAGUUCCUCACCCUCCGUCGUACCAAGGAAGCAAAGAUGGCUGAUGGAAGCAGGUUGAUAAGCCUUCCGCCAAAGUUCUCAAGGAUCAUGCGCUUGGACUUUGAAGUAAGGGAAAAGGCCCUGUACGCAGAAAUGAGCCAGAGAUACAUCGACGACAUCAAGACAAUGAAGGCCUCCGACACGCUCAAGAACAAUUACGCCACGAUUCUUCACGAAAUCUCCAACUUGCGCAUGACGUGCGAUCACCCAGGUCUGGUCGAUGCAGGAAAGGACACGAAGAGGGCCAAGGGCGCCGUCGAGGACGACCCGAGCAUUGCCAUCCUGCAAGACGGGCUCUCGCACGACCGUGCCGUCAAACUGUUCGAUCUGUUGUGCCUCUCAGACCGUGCUCGUUGCCACAUCUGCGACACGGAUCAAUCUGGAUUUCCUCGUGGCGAAGAGGGCGAACCGAAGCCGGUCCUGACGAGAUGCAUGCAUCUGACAUGCUCAGACUGCUUGCGCAAGUCGGUGGGUGCGCCGACGUUUGACAAGCCCAAGGCAGACGAUCGUUUCGCUUGCCCCGAGUGCGGCAUUUCGAUCUCUCCCUUGCUCGACAUCCAGCAGAUUCUGCCAGGCGACAUUGAAGGCAACGAAGGAGGAGCAGAUCAGCAGCAUGGCCAGAGUUUCAGGAGCCUCAGCCUCCAAUCGAGCAAAUUUGGGUGCGACAGAAACGUGCCUCUCGACGAUCGCGCCGACUUGAGCUCCAAAAUUCGAGCGCUUCUACAGGAGCUGGAGCCAUUCUCCAAGUGCAAUCCGAAUAGCGAGCUCUACGAUCCCACAGCCCCCGUUCUGGAUCAGGUUGCCGUCGAUCAAUCAGUGACCGAAGGAGACGAGCCGAUCAAAGAGACCGUGCAAGUUGUUUCUAUUGGAUCAGGGACGAGUGUCACCCCAAUCAAGUCCGUCGUCUUCUCGCAAUGGACGACGAUGCUCGAUAGAAUCGCCAAAGCACUUCACCGGGGUGGCAUCAAGGCCACUUAUCUCGACGGUCGAAUGCGGCGUCAGGAGCGCUCGGAAAAUUUGGAGAAGUUCCGGCUUGACGACUCGGUCGAAGUGCUCCUUGUCAGCCUCAAGGCCGGCGGUAUCGGUCUCAACCUCGUCUCGGCUUGCCGGGCUUACCUAAUGGAGCCCUACUGGAAUCCCGCGACAGAAAAUCAGGGUCUGGACAGAGUUCAUCGCAUGGGCCAGACGAGGCCAGUCAUUACGACAAAGUACGUCAUGGGCGACAGCAUCGAGGAGCGCAUGCUCGAGCUACAAAAAUACAAGCUCCGCCUGGCCGAGCAGGUCGGCACGCGCAGAGGCGUGGAUCGCUCCGAAAGGCACCACGAGGAGCUCAACAUCUUGCUGGGCAUCAACCAGUAGUCACGAAACAGUGACAAUAUUCGGCUUCUUCCCCCUUUCUCCUCUUUAUCUCUUAUGUCUCAUUACAACUCUCACUCUGUCUUUUAUAUCUCUUCUUGAUCCCCCAUGAUGAUGGCCGCGAUAUACACACUUGUACACCUCAUUCUCAUUUCUCACAACAUUACCCCCUAAGAGACCACCGGGUCCUCUCAUGUCCACUCCUGUAAAGAUUUACAAAGAGAGCACCACAGAGAAGCAAUCAUUAGACUGUCAC